UUAAUUAUUUAUUGUCAAAAAUUUCAAACACUCAAAUCCAAUGCCUUUAUAUUCCAAACCAACACUCAUCAGUUUCUCCACAAUCAUAUAACACUUUCUUUCUCUCAUCAUAUGGUUCUUCAGUCUAUUAUCUAUUCUUAUCUUCUCACCAUAAAACUCAGAUAAUAUAAUCUUUUACUAACUUACACACAUCAUAUUUAUUUCUCAUCACUUUCUAAUCAUUUGAGAAAUUAAGGGUUUUAUCAGUAAAAUACUAUUUUGGGAGACAUACUUAAAAUGGAAGGUAAAAAGGAUAUGUUAAAUUGGGAACAAAAAAUACUGGUAAGCGAGCUCAUUUCUGGACUUGAGGCGGCCAAAAAGCUUCAGGCACGACUUGGAGAGCCAUCAUCGUUGCCGCCGUCAUCAUCAUCUCGGGCGGCUGAGAUGAACGAGAUUCUCAUGAAGCAGAUACUUUCUUCCUACAAGAAAUCUCUUGCCAUUGUAAACUGGUCCUCGGCGCCGCCUGUACAGCUUAUUCUGAAGGCGGGUUCUAUAGCUCCGGUGACACUGAUUCCUGAAUCUCCGGUGUCGAUAAACGGAAGUCCAAGAAGUGAAGAUUUCCUUGAUGGAGGAGGUUCCAGCAAUACUCAUCGCCAAGAUCACCUUUUCAAUUCAAAGAAAAGGAAGAUGUUACCAAAGUGGACAGAAAAAGUGAGAAUGAGCCCAGAGAGAGGCUUAGAAGGACCUCAUCAAGAUGACGUCUAUAGCUGGAGAAAGUAUGGUCAGAAAGACAUUUUGGGCGCCAAGUUCCCCAGGAGUUACUACAGAUGCACGCACCGUAGCACACAGAACUGUUGGGCAACCAAGCAGGUCCAAAGAUCGGACAGUGAUUCAACGGUUUUCGAAGUGACGUACAGAGGAACACACACUUGCUCACGUGCGACCGCAGCAGCUCCUCCUCCACCGGCUUCGCCGGAGAAGCAAGACACCAUAACCAAACCACCCAUAGCUCAAAAGCCUAACGAGCUUCUCGAGAGUCUCAAAACCAGUUUAACUGUUCGAACCGAGCGGCUUGACGAAGGUGAAGACGUUUUCUCGUUGUUCCCCAAUACGCCGCCGUUUUAUGAUUACGGGACUCCCAACGACUAUUUCGGCGGACUCAUGGAGAGUUCCCCUAUCUUCGACGUUGUUGAUUGGUUCAAUCCAACGGUUGAGAUUAACCCGGAGUUUCCCACGUUUUUACCAGACUCGAUUUAUUAUUAAAAACACAUGUAAUAGAGAAUAAUAACAAUUGUCAUCCAGGGAACAUCACUUAGAAUAACAUGCAGGAGAACUUGUACUCCCCCCCCUCCCCUCCCCCCCCCCCCCCAAUCAUUACCAUUUUCCCCAAUUGAAUUGGUAUUCCACUCUUCUUAGGAUAUUGAGCUAAUUUGCUCCAACAUGUAUUCAUCAAAGCAUUAUUUCACGUAGUAGAUAACUUGUAUCCAUGUAUUUCCUGGUUAGAAAAGUAAUCUGAGUCUAACAAAGCACAAUAGAGAUGUUCAACCGGACUUGAACACUAUUUCAAUAAUAAGAUAUUUUUUUUGGAGA